GUCAUUUUGGCUCAAGCGGGUUCGGCUCAAGCCAUUAGGGCUCAGACCUACGGUAUCCCCGUCCAAAAGUGUUUCUUCAUGGCUGCGGCGGCGAACCAGGCAGUGACAAACAUGUGCGGAAAGGAAUUCCAACCUCCAGCUCGGGUGGGCAUCGACACGGGUUUGAUGGGCGUUGAUCCCGAGAUCCACGCCAUCAACGGGGCAGAGCUGGUGGAUGAGAAGGAGGAGGCGGAGGACCAAGGCUCGGGUACGUCAGAGGAGGUGCAGGACCAAGGCCGACACCGCAUGGCACGCGGCCGAGAGCGGCAGGACCGUACCCCUUCCCCGAUGGCGAGGGUCCGCGUCGCCGGCACCUCCGACAUGAUGCUGGCAGAGUUCAGCGACAUCGGCUGGGAAACCCGGGCCAUGCGCCAGCGGCAGGCGCAGAUUACCAUCCGCGUCCGGAGGCUGGUGCGCGCCGAGCAGAACCGCACCGUCACCAUGCUGGAGCGCCGCCUCUGCGGGCUGGUUUUCAAGAACCUCUGCAGACAGCCCUUCGCCAAUCUGCCCCUCGUGGGCGGGGAGUCCGCGGGGCGUAAGCUCACACGCGAGUAGGCGCAAUGCAGAGUCAAGCAGCGACGGCUGUAGCAGCGAGUUAGCGCACGUCCCGCAGGCAUGGGCUCUGUACAGGUCUGGUUUUCGCUUUGCGCGCGGGUGGCGCACGUGAAUCCUGCAGGCUGGUAAAAUAUGUUUGGUGCAAUUGUCAGUUCAUGUUUGAAUGUCACCGUCAAUUCAGCGGCAGGGGAGUUCAGGCUCUGAGCUCCGUGACUCUGGCUCCUCGGGCGGCCCUUUCGCCGACACGUCGUGGGCAUAGUCUCCUGGCCUGGCCAUGGGGGCAGGCCCUGUCGUGGUGUGGCCUGUGUAGCUCUAUCUGUGCAGGCAUCGGCGCCGCCGUCAUUUAGUCGGCGGCAUGUGGCCAGAGCUUGCGCUCACGCGCCAGUUGUCGGGGCCUAAGAGACGGGGGUCAGUGCAAACGGGGGUCAGCCAGAGCGCCAGAUUCUGCAGGAUUCUGCGAAGACCCCCUCUGGCUGACCCGGGUUAGCGAGCCGCUCGUGGCCGCGAGGCGGCCGCGCGUAUUGGCUGACCCGGGUUUGCGAAUACCUGCGUUGCAGUUUUUUUGUUUUUGCAUUGCAGUUUUUGGUUUCCUGCUGACCCGGGUCUGGAUCGACCCGGGUCAGAAGAUCCCCGAAGAUCCUAGAAGAUUCCCGAAGCAGCGACGGCUGCAGCAGCGGGUUGGCGCACGUCCCGCAGACGUGGGCGCAGUACAGGUCUGGUUUUCGCUUUGCGCGUCGGUGGCGCACGUGAAUCCUGCAGGCUGGUAAAAUAUACAUAUAACGGCGCACCGGGUCCAGGGGCCCGGGGCCGGGACCCCGACCACAAAUGUGGGCUCCGGGGGGCCCGGAGGCUCGUCGGACCGCCGGACGCCGUCCAAGAUCGUUCGCAGGCGGCUUCGGAACGCGCUCCGAUGGCUCCAGAUGCCUUCCAAGACGCCUGUCAUGACACCAAGAAGGUCCCAGAAGCCUCCAAGACGCUCCGAGAGGCAGCCCAAGAGAGGC